UUAGGUGGAGAGCUUUACACCGGCACAGUGGCAGACUACAGGGGAAACCGACCAGUCAUUUCCAGACACCUCAGCGAGGGCAGCCGCGUCGACCUCAAGCUGGAUGACACAUUAGGAUGGCUGGAGGAUCCAACUUUUAUCAGCUCCAAGUUUAUCCCACAAGAGCAGAAAAUCUACUUUUUCUUCAGCGAAGUGGGCAGAGAGUAUAACUUUGUGGACAAAUUUCUUGUCUCCCGAGUUUCCCAGAUCUGCAUGGUGAGUUCAGACGGACUUAUGGCUGUCAACAAUGGACGGUCAGCGGUGUGUGCCUUCAGCCUGACUGAGAUCAAAUCCAUUUUCUCUGGUAACUACAAGGUGCUGAACAGAGACACGCUGCAGUGGAGCACAAGGGUUCAAGACAAGGUUGCAAAUCCAGGAGAGUGCGGCCUGCACAACGCAUCGGACAAUGCUCUGCGCUUCGUCAAGGAGAACUUUCUGGCAGAAGACAGCGUGCGUCCGGUUGGAAGGCGUCCAACCAUGGUGUCUGCAGAGCACGCCUACAGCCACCUGACUGUUCAGAGAGUCCAGGCGGCCAAUAAGAAGCUGUACACCGUCCUCUUUCUGCUUACAGGUAAGCAGGGUAUGGUGUACGUCGGCACGUCGGUGGGGGUGGUGAGGAUUCCAACCGCUAACUGUUCGUACUACUGGACCUGUGCCCAGUGCGUUCUCUCCCGAGACCCUUUCUGUGGUUGGGACCCUGUGGGCAGGGCCUGUGUGGAGGUUUCUGAGACCCAAACCGCUCUGAGCCAGGACAUAGAUGGAGCGAAUGUCGAGGAAGCCUGUAACAGCAUUUCAUUGACUCACAGAGGCAAAUUUGGGCCAAGCAAGCUGCCCACAGCCUCGUGUCCCGCAGGCGAGCUGGUGUCCGUGUCUCUGAAUGAAGUGGUUCGGCUGCACUGUCCUGCUGCUUCGCAGUUGUCCCAGCAGCUGUGGGAGCGACCAAACAGCCGGCUGUCCUCAGACCUCUACCUCCACCUGAAGGACGGCAGUCUCAGCUUCGUGGCCACCCCAGCCACGCUGGGCCACUACCUCUGCCUGUCCACAGAGAAUGGCUACCGACAGACCAUGGCCAUUUAUCAAGUCAAGCAGAGGAGCAAUCCUGUGUCUCAGACCCCGACCGGCUACACCCGGCUUCACACGCGAGGCCGGCCCACCACUCAGGCUGCAGCCACACCUGGACUGCAAGUUUCUGUCGGGGGGGGACCUAAAACAACAGCAUCCAGACCGGCUGAGACUAAAACCUCGCUGUCCGUCAGGAACAGUCAGGUCACCACGAAACAGCUCGGCAGAAAUGUCACUUUGUGGAUGGGGGAAUCUGGACAAACAGAAGCGGGGAUCCCCGGUGGGAAACCCGUGCACUCGGCUCGCUGCACCAGCUUCCUGAAGGAGCUGGUGGUUGUGUCCAUUCUGCUGGUUCUGUGCCUCAGUCUGCUCCUCACCAUCACUCUGUAUGUUCUUCGACAACGCUGCCGGAGAAGAACUGCUCCUGUAACAGGAAGUCUAAGCAGGAACUCUGAGAGGAGGACGCCUGAGGAGCAGGAGGCCCUCAGGGAAAAUGAGUUUGGGAGCAAAUGCAAUGGCCAGGCACCUCUGGGUGGACAUGCCAGUGGGCUGGUUUGUAAUGGGAAUCUUACAGACUCUACACAGAAUUUGCCAAACACCCCCUUCUGAGCCAGACUUAAAAUCACUCCAGAAAUCUUCCUAUGGAACCAAAGCAGAUCUAAUUUUAUUAAUUCUCCACAUUUCAAGCUGCUUUGAAAUUUAGGAAGAACUGUGCUGACCAAUGCAAAAACCAUCUACAAAUAAGUUUUAAAAAAUUAAAAAUCUCCCCUUUAUUUCGGCAGAUUAAUAAAAGGAUUUGCCAAUGGAAGUAUAAGUAUUUUUACUCUUUAAAUACGGUAGCAGCUGUGCAAAAUGGUCCUUCCCAGUCAAACGGCAGAUGAAUGGAAGCCCACUUCCUGCCACAGGAGUGACCCCCCCUCCUUCUCCUGGGCGUGCAUAUUUUUUUACGAGGGCCCAUCAAGGAAAGUGGUGAAAUUUUGAAUGGCUACUACUGUAAGAGCGUUAGAUAAUAUGCACCAGAGCAUGUGAACGGAGCGGAGCAGCGCGCAAGACUUUUAGACUUUAGACUUUUAUUUGUCCCCAAGGGGAGAUUCUUUUCCACAUACACAGAGCUCGUUUACACGAAGACACAGUAAACACCAGCACAAGU